CAUGACGAUUCCUUGUUUGACUAUGACGCCGGCCUUGAUGCGGCAUGGCAACAGCCUCAAAUGAACAUCACUGUAAGGUCUAAUAACGAGGACCCAACGCCUAUUCUAGGGGUGGACGAUAAGGUCCAAGUUAGCAAGCACCGGCGAUUUGUUGCGAAACUAGAUGAGAGCAGAUUGCUCUCGCAAUCCGGGAUACCAAAGCUACGCCGCACGUCCAGGCAGAGGCUGAGACUGAAGGGCAAAGGGCACGAGUUUUCUGACGUCGCCCGGCUUUUGAACUUCUACCAAUUAUGGCUUGACGAUUUAUAUCCUCGUGCCAAAUUCGCUGAUGGUCUGGCCAUGAUCGAAAAACUUGGACACUCUAAGCGCUUGCAGACGAUGAGAAGGGAGUGGAUUGAUGAAGAGAAGCCGAAAGCGCUGACGGCUGAUAUA